UAUCUCCACUUGCUAUCAUAUUCACCAACUCCAUCUAUCUCUCUUCUACAAUAAACCCUGAUAAUUCCAAAAAAUGGAAGCCACCAUCUUCAAGAAAACAAGAAGCUCAUCAUCAACCCUGGCGAUGCACAAACAUUCACACUCAAUAACCAAAACAAAGCCAAAGAUCCGUAUAAUUCACAUAUUUGCACCUGAGAUCAUCAAGACCGACGUUGCCAACUUCCGUGAGCUCGUCCAAAGCCUAACAGGCAAACCAGAAGACCAUGGCGUUUUAAGGACAAAACCAAGAAGAGGUACUCAUCGUCAAGUCCAAGACAUGAUCAACAUGGAGAAACUAAGACAAGUCCAGCGCUGUGAAGACCAAGGGUUCUGCUCAAACUCAGAGAUUGAAGAGAUGACGAUGACUUGGAAUGAUGGUGAGAGCUCAGGAGGGUUCUUGAAUGGUUUGGGAGAUUUUGGAGGGUUUAUUCAAGAACUUGGUGAAUUUCCCUAUAUGCCCUUGUCCUCCAUGGAUGCUUCGGCUUCAUCUAACUCGUCUUCUUCGUCCCAUUUACAUGGUGGAUCAAUUUUCUCAGAUUCUCAUCACCAAUUCUAACUCUUGUCUCUUGAACAAAAGAGUUCUUUUUCCUUUAUAAAUGGUGUUUAUUAUUUUCUUUAUUAGGGUUUUGUGGAAAUAAUUUUUAUUUGUAUUUGUUUAGUACAAUUAAUUGAUUUUAUGUAGAGCUUAAACUCCUUUUAGUUU